GUGUUUCGUAAUAAAGCAAUGCUCUGAUUGUUAUUUAAAUAUUAAAAUCGUAACACGCGUAAACGAAAACAACGAAGGUGGUGCCAACGAAAAAGCGACGGUCGAUAAAAACCGACGGGUAAUGUCAAAUUGCACGAUGUGAAAAUUGACAAGUAACCCAGGCCUAUGCCUAGUUUCUAUAUACCUUCUCGUGGAUAUUUUGACUUUCGCUAUGAGUGAUGGUACUUUCUCAGAAAAUCUGUCGGAAAGUAAUAUUUCUAUGGCAAAUGAUGCGGAAGAAUUAAACUCGCAGGGUUCCGUUGAUAAGCGUGUUAAGGGUACGAAUCUACCCACCGCGAGUAACAUAACCAAGAAGAUCAGAUCGAAGCUACCGAAUGUCGGUUAUUACCUGAGACGUUUGAUGAGAUUGAAGAGCGGAGGGAAUCUCGAAUCCGAAAAAGAACCGAUCAGUAAUAUUUCUGAAAUGACCGAAAUCACGGAAACCAUCAAUGAACAGACUAUACCGGAAGAUGAGGAUUCGAUCAGUUGGUCGGAGAACCGUGAUGUUAAAACGAAUAGAUACGAGAUUUAUGGCGGACCUUCGAACGAUUUCAGGGGACACGAUCCUGGAGGACCUUCGUCUUCCAGCUCGAACGAAAACGACGACACAAGCGAAUAUCCCGCCAUGAUUGCGACUGCUGAAAUCGAACCUGUUCAAACGAUUUCAAACUCCGUGACCACCGAAGCGAUGACCACGAAUGGGAUUUUCGUGAAUGUGUUGAACCGCGAAAAUAUCCCCGGGGGGAAUAUAUUGGAGUUCAGAGAAGCUUUGUCCUCGCACAUGGGAUCCCAAGUGGAAGAAGUUAGAGACCAAGAGACUCGAAAUGUCCCGUUGUUCUAUAUUCAAACCGACGAUCGCCAAGAGCUUUAUCUGCAGAAUACACUAAACGUUGAAAGUGGAUUUAGCGGAUCGAAUACGAGGGGGAGUGAAGUUAGCAGCAUAUCUGAAAACGAAAACUCGGAGGUGCGUAAUCAAAGAAUAGGACAGGAUCGUACACCACAAUUUUUUGGCGCCAUAAUGAGCGUAGACAAAAUGAUACGCAAGCCGAUUUGCCGCAACGACGAUGAACCGACUAUAUAUUGACUUUCAAUUUUUUCCAAAAAAGAAUUUAUGAAGAAUUAACGGAACCCUGCGCUUCAUAGGCGCUAAAUAAAGAAAACAUUUUUUAAGAAAAAAAGUAAACGAGUGUUUUUAUUAUUUGACAAGUAUAUUUUUUGCUCGAUUUUUAACUUGGAAAUUUUUAUUGAAACAAAAGUGUGUUGCAGUUGCAAUUGGAACGGUAAGUUAGUUUUUUUUCGUUCCAAAAAGUUUACCACAUUCUCAAGAAUCGAGAAGGGAAUCGAGAAGACAAGUUUUUAAAAUUUUCUUAAUUAAUUAAAUACCACGUGAAUGCGAUAUAUUUUUGCGAUAUAAUUUUUCCGUUCAAAAGAAUUUCCAGAUAUUUUCCGCGCGAAUCUUUCCUGUUUAUUGUUUCCCGUGUUAGUUGCAUAAGUUAUUUCCGCCGGUGAGGCGUAAAAACUUGAGCGUAACUUACAUACGAAGGCAGGCAUAAAUUCUCUACGGUAAUUAUCUUCCCUGUAAUGAACUUUUUACAAAGUUGAAGACGCGAUGCGAUAAUAAAUAUUAAACUUCUUUUUUUUCUUUUUUUUUUUUCGCGCCUGUGUGCGAUUCGUGAGAUGAUGAACGCUUGAAAUGUUUAUUAUUUUCCGACAAUUUUCUACGAACUUCAUUUUUUUUUUUAUUUUUUAUUGCGAAAUUUAUCUUUCUCGUUUCACAAUCUUCGUUUGUCAAUCGACAAAAUACGAGUUUCGUUCCCGAGAGAAAAAAAAGAACUGUAGAAUUAUCGAGUCAUGUCAACGGAAUUUUUUCACGAAAGAAUGAGAAAAUUCGACAAGAGUUUCUUUCUGUCGCGAGAUAAAUUUAAUGCAUUCUCCCCCUACAAAUGUAUCUUUUGCGAACGAUCUAAGGAAUUUUUCAUCGUAGGUGAAACAGAAAAACACGCGCGACCGUGUCUUAAUUCGAGGGAUAUAUUAACGAAUAAUUCAUACUUUUUUGUUCUCUGAAACACGUAUAAUUUCGUAGUUAGUUACUAAUUGAAUCUUCGUUAAAUUUUUUUUUACCGAUU